GAGAUACCAAGAAAAAAAAACCCUCAGGGGUAUACAAGGGGAGCUAGCUGAGUCAUGUGCAUGAAAUACAAUUAUAUUGGGAGACGGGAAUGAACAGGAGUGUUAUGGGGUUGGGAUGAGAGCUAACCUGACAAAUACAAUACUGUUUGAAAAGAAUCUGACCACAUACUACUUUUUAAAGUGGAAAGAGACACAAUGAAGAAAGUAACGAGAUGAGAUGAGACACACAAACAUUUGAGUAUCUUUUUUUGUGGAACUUACUAUUAACUAAUCUCUAUCUUUUCUUUGCCUUUGUCUCUUUCUGUGUCUCCUCUCUCUCUCUCUCUCUCUCUCUCUACUCAUUCAUUUGUAGCUGUUGAAGACUUGAAGAGCUCAAACUUCAACACAUAAUGCUCAUUCACUCACUCUGUUAUCUACCUGCUUUUUCUCUUUCUUUCUGACCUCUCUGACUUUCCUCCAUCCUCUUCUCUUCCUUUCCCAUAAUUAAUUGAACAUUUCUUUCUCUUUCUUUAAAAUCUUAUCUUAUCUCCAUUUUUAUCUCUCUUGUGUAACCGUUCCCAUUCGUGGUAAAAACUAAGUCUCCUUAUGACUCAUCUCAACUCAACAAGUCUUGUCUUGUCUUCUGAAACUUAUCUUUUUACCAAGGGAGGAUGCUACAACUGAAGCUUAGGCAUAGCCUGCCGCUCUCCUGAAAUUUCCAAAUUUGUAUACACACAUAUAGACAGCAUUGCUUAAAUUUAAAGGACGAAGCUCUCAACACCCCCGAACAUGAUACCACCAAACACCAACCUGGAAUCAGCAGAUCAAAAUGAUUCAGAAGCUUGCAGCCAAGGAGCUUCCAACAUAUCUGUACAAGAAGCUUCCUCUGGUCCUCCCAGGACUAGCAACGCCAAUUCUUCUUGUCUCACACAUCACCAAAACCAAAACAUGGAUCCAGUUCCCGUUUCCCUCGACUUAACACUGCACUUUAACUCUACUGACACUGAGUCGAAGGACACAGGAGAGACUGCUAGUGAAGCAGCGGCUAAUUCUCCGGCCACAAUCUCCAGGGUAUUCUCUUGCAAUUACUGUCGCCGCAAGUUUUACAGCUCGCAGGCACUUGGGGGACACCAAAAUGCUCACAAAAGAGAGAGGACGAUGGCUAAACGUGCAAUGCGGAUGGGAAUAUUAUCUGAUAGGUACACCAGCUUGGCAUCUUUGCCACUUUAUGGUUCCGCAUUUCGGUCACUUGGGAUCAAAGCUCAUGCUGCGAUGCAUCAAAAUGGCAUACUGCCAGAAAGGCCUCCUGAUAUGAAAGGAGCAGCUAGGUUUGAGCAAACAUAUUAUGGAAUGCCCAUGUUCAUGGAAGAUGAUGAGAUGGACUUGUUUUGGCCAGGGAGUUUUCGGCAGGUUGGUGAUGGAGCUAGAGGUGACUCAACAUUAGAUUUCUCUCAAAAUUCAAUUUCAAAUGUGAAUUUGGCAGCCAUGGAACCACCAUCAAGGGCAGAUUCAUCUGCACCUGAUCUUACUUUGAAGCUGUGAUCCAUGUUUUUAGAUUCCUACGGUGUUCACUACUUGUACAGUGAGAUGAUGCGUCUUUAAUUUUUUGGCUAGAACUUUAUAAUCUUCUUCUUUUUUGCCUUUUAAUUUUUAUUCUUAUUUGUGUUGUUAUGCUAGUUAGAUAAUUAUACAAGAAGUUUUGGGGGUAUUAAAUCGAGUGCUAGAGUCAGUUUUAUAUAAUUUAGAAAUUGUUGUUUUGAGUGUGAUGGAAAUAACGAGCUAACUUCUUAGCUUUUCUAUAUCUUUUCA